CCGCGCGAGUGCGACCUGGGGCGGCGCAUCAUCUUCGCGAUCGCGUGCGGCGGCACCGUCGGCUACGAGCGGCGCCGCGUGGACCGGCCCGCGGGCAUCCGGACCAUGGCUUUGGUGGCGCUGGGCGCCUGCGUCUUCACGAUCACGUCCAUCUUCGCCUUCGAGGACGGGCCCAUGUCCUGGGACAGCUCGCGCGUCGCCGCGGCGAUCCCCUCGGGCGUCGGCUUCCUCGGCGCGGGGUUGAUCUGGAAGAUGAAGCACGAGCAGAUCCACGGCCUGACGACGGCCGCGUCGACGUGGGUCGCGGCGUCCGUCGGCAUCGCCGCGGGCGGCGCCAUGUACUUUGUCGCGGUCUUCGCUGUCCUCACGCUCCUCUUCGUGCUC